AUGGAGGAUGCCGACCCUUACAACCGCAACAAGUACUCGUCGACCUCGCGCACUCCCACGGCCGCCUACCUGUCGUCGCAACCCGCCAUGGACUCGACCGCGCACCGCCGCUACUCGCCCAUGAACACGACCUCUCCCACCUCGCCCUACAUGAGCAGCCCCAACCAGUACACUCCCCACCAGAUGCACCAAUCGCCAACGCGCCAGAUGUUCUCGUCGCCGCCCUCCCAAUCUCAAGCGCGUUCUCACCAGCUUCCGCCCAUCCAGUCAAACGCCGACUUCUAUUCCUCGCCCUUCAACCAGAGCGGUCCCCACUCUCCGCGUCUGCCUCCUCCUGCCGCAAGCCAAUCCGACCCGUCCAAUCGUGGUCCCGUUCCCGUCUUCACCAAGUGCGACAAUGUUGGUGACUUGCAACCUCGUGUCAACCAACAACCGUCCUUCCGGAGAGCUGCUCCAGAGGGUGGCUUCAUUUCACCUCUCCAAGCUUUGACUACACAACUGCCUGCGACGUACCGAAUCUGCAAUCCCAAUUUCCAGUAUGAGAGCUCGCGCAACCCGCGGAGAGUCCUGACCAAGCCAUCCAAGGGCACAAAGAACGACGGCUAUGACAACGAGGAUAGCGACUACAUUCUGUACGUCAACGACAUUCUCGGCAGCGACGACACCAACAACAAAAAUCGCUACCUCAUCCUCGACGUUUUGGGCCAGGGCACUUUUGGCCAGGUCGUCAAAUGUCAGAACCUCAAGACGCAGGAGAUUGUCGCUGUCAAGGUGGUGAAGAACCGCACUGCCUAUUUCAACCAGAGUAUGAUGGAGGUUUCUGUUCUGGACCUGCUCAACGGGCGUAUGGACAAGAACGACGACCACCACAUCCUCCGACUCAAAGAUACCUUUAUCCACAAGCAGCAUCUAUGUCUAGUAUUUGAGCUCUUGUCAGUCAACCUGUACGAGCUCAUCAAACAAAAUCAGUUCAGAGGAUUAAGCACGACUCUUGUGAGAGUCUUUGCCCAGCAGCUAUUGAGCGGCUUGUGUCUGCUCAGCAAAGCACGUUUGAUCCAUUGCGAUCUGAAACCAGAGAACAUCCUCCUCAAAAACCUCGAGAGUCCCAUCAUCAAAAUAAUCGAUUUCGGUUCGGCUUGCGACGAACGUCAGACAGUGUAUACCUAUAUUCAGUCGCGCUUCUACCGAUCGCCAGAAGUACUGCUCGGUUUGCCCUACUCGGCCGCUAUCGACAUGUGGUCUCUAGGCUGUAUUGUCGUUGAAUUGUUCCUUGGACUGCCUCUCUUCCCAGGAUCGUCAGAGUACAACCAAGUGUCUCGAAUUACAGAGAUGUUGGGUCUGCCACCCACAUGGAUGCUAGAAGUCGGAAAGCAGUCAGGCGAGUUCUUUGAGAAAGCACACGAUGAGUUUGGCCGAAAGACGUAUCGUCUCAAGCCGAUGGAUCAAUACUCGAGAGAGCACGGCACAAAGGAACAGCCUAGCAAGAAGUAUUUCUCUGCCACGACGCUCCCUGAGAUUAUUCGCAACUACCCCAUGCCACGUAAGGGCAUGAAGCAAGCAGAGAUCGAUCGCGAAAUGAACAACAGAGUCGCCUUCAUUGACUUUGUGCAUGGGCUUCUGAACAUCAAUCCGCUGGAGAGAUGGACGCCACAGCAAGCUCGCACACAUCCUUUCAUCACUCAACAAAAGUUCACCGGCCCCUUCCAGCCCGGCAUGCAUCUCAAACAGGUGUCAUCUCGCUCGCCUGCCCCUGGUGUCCAACAGCAGCAGCAAGCCGAGGCCUUGUCCAAGCAACGUGCUCAAGCCGCCCAACAGCAGCAGCACCAACAACAGCAGGCUCAAUCUGCUGCUAAUGCUGCUUACGCUGGCAUACACAUGCAGCCUCCUGGCUACCCGGCAUCUCCUCAUGCUCAGCAAUCGCCCAUGUAUUCCAACAUGUACACACCCACACAACAGCAACAAGCUCCGCCACCCUACCCCUCAGCCGCUGUCCCCAAUGUAUACAACCAACCGCCCAUGCUGCAGCAACCACCGCCGACUGCUGCUAUGCACGGCCAUCAGCAACAGCCUCACGCUUACAAUCAACCCCAAUCAUCGCUCUACGCACAAGCUACCACGCGGGCCGGCCGUCAACGUGCUUCCACCAUGGACAUGGCAAAUGGUAUUCCUUCAACUCUACAACGAGUAGCCACACAUCUGGACCCUAACGCACCUAUCCGUCUCCAACCAAGUCCUGCUUACUACCCUCCUCCGAACGAGCAAACAGGCGACGUCGGCAACGUCGGCGGUAGAAGACGUAUGAGCAGAGGACCAAGAGACGCCCGAAGUCAAACAAACUUUGUGCGUCAGCUCGAGGAUCGUACGCUGGAAGAAGGAUGGACAGGCGGAAACAACGGAGGCGGCGGCGGUGGCUGGGCUUGA